AUGAACCUUCCACUUUGUCCUUUUCCCGCCUAUGUCUCUCCUAAGUGUCGAGUGUUUGACACCAUGAAGGCUGUGGCCUCUCAAAACCAUUUGGUCUGUCGGAUCGCUACGCUACAGCAGCGGGAGAACUUUGGUCAGAUCCGGGAGUCUCAGAGGCAGGCAGCUGAACCGUCCCCAGUUCGCAGCUGCUCGACUGUCGCCGCUACCCUGGCGCGCACUCCUUCCUCCUUUCUCGCGAGGUUUUUCGCGGGUUUAUCUCCGUCGCUCGGCCUUCUCUUCUCUGUGUGUUGCCUCCUGCUUGUGUUCUCUCGUCAUGUACUAGAAACCUCUGGGUUCAAGGCCACACCCGUACAGCCCCCGUCCCCCCGUCCGCUGUCUGUCCGUCUAGCUCCCUCUGGCGGCGUUGCUGACAUUUCGCCGAAGGAUCUGCGUGUCUCCGUUCUUCCAUUUUCUCAGAAGAGGCGUCUCGCCCCGCUCUUCAUUCAGAUUGCCUCCACUCCUCUCGAAAUAUCUUUUGGAGCACAGCGAACAUGGGAGGCGGAGGCUCCUCUGACGCAGAGCAGGGCCUCUCGGUUCCGCGUCUCCGCCCUCCAAGCCCGAAGUGGAGCGGCGAACCUCGUGGGUCCGUCUCACCCCUUGUAUGCCGUCUCGUCUCGUCAAGGUCACGUUGGCGAAACCAGGCGGCGUUCGACCCUCGUUUCUGCAUCAUCGUUUCUCUCUCCAAGAGUGGAGAAAGCUCCUCAGGAAAGUGGAAAGGUGCGGAGAACCGAUUCUCCUUCAGCUCUCUUCGACGCCUCUGCAUCUCCAGGCGAACAAACGCCCGGAGCUGUCUCUUUCUGCGGCACUGUGGGAUGCCGAAUCAUCGGUGUGGGCAGUGCCGUCCCGACUCACGAAAUGACAAACGACGACAUGGCGGAGUUUGUCGAAACAUCCGAUGAGUGGAUCAGAACGCGAACAGGUAUCCGCUCGCGUCGCGUCUUAUCGACGUCGGAGAGUCUCCGUUCUCUGGCCGUCGAUGCCGCUCGGAGGGCUCUCGAGAAUGCAAAGCUGAAGGCAAGCGACAUUGACCUUGUUCUUCACGCGUCCUCCUCUCCGGAUGAUCUUUUCGGAGACGCGACAUCUAUUGCUGCGGGCAUCGUGCAGGCUGAGAGAAGUCAGGAGGGAUCCCUUCAGGAAAGCGACGCGUUCGCAGGCCCCGCAGGAUUCGACUUAACGGCUGCGUGUUCAGGAUUUCUCGUUGGCCUGAUUACCGGAAACGCCUUCUUGACGAGCCCUUGCUGUCCGUACAAACGCAUUCUCGUGGUAGGGGCCGAUGCCCUCACCCGGUGGGUAGACUGGACAGAUCGAAAUACUUGCGUUCUGUUCGGCGACGGAGCUGGCGCGGUGGUCCUUGAACGCCCAGAUGCCAAGACGGGGUCGCCGGCUGUAGGUGCCGAUCCAGAUCGCAACACACGCAGGGGAAUCCUGUCUUACAUGCUCAACAGCGACGGACUGCAGGCGCAUCAGCUGACAGUCCCGUUCAGUGGGACUCUGCACGAACUGAAGCGUGCAGGGGGAAAGCCUGCCGUCCGGACGAGCCAAGGCAGGUAUGCUCCAUUGUCCAUGAACGGCCGCGAGGUUUUCAAGUUUGUCUCACGCAAAGUGCCCCCGGCGAUCGAGGCGGUGGUCCAGGCAGCUGGGUUGACGACAAACGACGUUGACUGGCUUCUUCUUCACCAGGCAAACAAGCGUAUCAUGGACGCCGUCGCAGAGCGUUUGAAAAUGCCGCUGAGCAAAGUGCUGUGCAACUUGGACAAGUACGGCAACACGUCUGCGGCCUCAAUUCCCUUAUGUCUGGACGAAGCAGUACGCGAGGGGAAAGUCAAGCCUGGGGACAUCGUGGUGACUGCUGGCUUUGGUGCAGGCCUCACGUGGAGUGCCGCCGUCUUCCGCUACGGCUAAAUCUAUCUAAAGGUAUACACAUGUAUAAACUUCGGGGCGGCUGGGAAACCCAGAUGAUAUUCAUUUUUUGCGGGGUGGUCACCUCUUUCACGGAAAAGACUCAACUAACUUAUUUGGCAAGCUCUGCAGCAUGUACAGAGGCAGUUGGAUUCAGUAUUCCCCG